AUGGUGGCCGGCAGGCAGCAGCAUCAUAGGAGAGGCCUGACUCAGGGAAGGCCUCGGUUGAUAGGUGGCACCUCAGUUGGUCCACGUGGCAAUGAGACCCCAUUUUCUCUUAUUGACCCAGUGUCUCUUAAUGCUGACAUCAAAUCUUGCCAUGAUAAGUCUGGCAUUCCUGAUGAAGUUUUGCAAAGUCUUCUAGAUCAGUACUCUCAUAAAUCAGAAGGUCAGAAAGAAGAUCCCUUCAGCAUCACUGAGCAGUGUGUGGACUUGCAAGCUUCAGGAGAGCAUACAGAAAUGAUUCAAGAGGAGAACCUGAGUCCCAGCUCCCAGGCAGCUUCAAAUGACAAAGCAAGUAUGUUGCAAGAAUACUCAAAACACCUCCAACAUGCUUUUGAAAGAACAACCAAUAGCACUGGUUUUGCUUUUGGUCCCAGUUUUCAAUUUGUAAGUUUAUCUUCAAGCAUCCAUAACCAUACUUUGUUUCCAGACAAACAAGUGUACACUACAUCCCCACUUGAGUGUGGUUUCAGCCAAUCUGUUACCUCAGUGUUGCCAUCUGCAUUGUCAAAGCCUCCUUUUGGAAUGUUGCUUGGAUCUCAGCCGGGUUUUUAUUUGUCUGCUUUAGAGGCAACCCAUCAACAGUUGACUCCUUCACAAGAACUAGAUGACCUGAUAGAUUAUCAAAAAAACAUAGACACUUCAUCAGGCUCUCAUACUACACCUCAAAAACUGAAUAGCCAGAAGGAACAAAAAACCCUAGAAAGUUCAACAAGCUUUCCCAUUCCAUCUCAGGAGCUAGCUAACCAGAUAGAUCCUCAAAAGGACCUAGAACAUCGAGCAACAUAUCAGAUAGAGACCUUUGCACAAGCAUUUGGUUCUCAGUUUAAGACGGGCAGCAUCAGGGUGCCAAUGACUUUUAUUGCUAACUCUAAUGGAGAAGUGGACCAUAGAGUAAGGACUUCAGUAUCAGAUUUCUCAGGGUAUUCAAAUAUAAUGUCUGAUGUUAGUGAGCCAUGUAGAAACAUUCAAAUGGCAGUGUUAUCAAAAUAA